AUGGCCACCGAGACGCUGAAGAUCAGCGAUGGCAGCACCAUGGAGAUCUGCAGACUCCCAGAUGUGGAUGACGAAACAUGGGCGGAGGUUCGUGCCUAUGUCGAGAGCAACCCAGAGACCGCAAAGUCUUUGAAGAGCUUUGCGAAGAAUCCGGAUGCCAUGAGAGGUUGGCUGCAGACCCAAGCCAUCGCAGAGCACUACAGCAACAAGAUGGCCAGCGGCGACACCCCGGUCCAGGACAAGGUCAAGUUCCUGGAGAAAGACCCCGAGCUAGCCUCCAUCUUCGAAGACAUCAAGAAGAAUGGCAUGGAAGCCGUCAUGAAGUACUACCAGGACGAGGAGUUGAUGCUACGAAUAAGCCAGAAGAUGGGUGGCCUGCCUUCCGAGCUUCAGCCCGUUCUUCAGAAGAUUGAAGACACCUCGCUGACCCUCCACGAAGCAGCCAAGAAGGGGGAUCUCGCAGCCGUCCAGCAGUUCUUAGACAAGAACAAGCCCCUGGAUGCGCAGGACUUCAAGGGGAUCACUCCGCUAGGGUAUGCCAUCGGUGCCAACCGCAUCGCCGUGGUGAAGAAGCUCUUGGACAGCAGGGCCAACCCAUAUGCUGUGGACAGCUCCGGUAACUCCGGCCUUCACUACGCCGCCGGCUACGGAAGAAGGGAGCUGGUCGAGUACCUCCUGAAGGUCGGGGCCAAUGUGAGCCAACCCAAUGUACAGGGCAUGACACCACUGGCAGUGGCCACACAGAACAAACAGGAGGCGCGUUCCUACUUCCCCUUCUUCGAGUUUACAGCUUCAUCGAGCAAUUUCUUUUUGAAGCCAGUGGGUUCCGGAGUGGACCAUGACAUCCCGGUGACUGUGCCCAAAGCGCACAGCGCAAAGCACCGAUCUGUGCUUUUCAAGAUCCAGUGUAUCAAGUGCGUUUUUUUCAGCAUCGCAUCCUUAAGCCCCAAGAUUCAGUUCACGACUCCUUCCAGCCCUCGUGUUUGCUUCUCGCGCCUUCGCGGGCCUUUGGCUGCUGAGUCUCGCUUUUCUGCGCGGCUCGAGGAAAGGAGCAAUCCCUGUGCUCGGCUGUCUCCUCCAAGCGGCAACAUGGCCACCGAGACGCUGAAGAUCAGCGAUGGCAGCACCAUGGAGAUCUGCAGACUCCCAGAUGUGGAUGACGAAACAUGGGCGGAGGUUCGUGCCUAUGUCGAGAGCAACCCAGAGACCGCAAAGUCCUUGAAGAGCUUUGCGAAGAAUCCGGAUGCCAUGAGAGGUUGGCUGCAGACCCAAGCCAUCGCAGAGCACUACAGCAACAAGAUCGCCAGCGGCGACACCCCGGACAAGGUCAAGUCCCUGGAGAAAGACCCCGAGUUGGCCUCCAUCUUCGAAGACAUCAAGAAGAAUGGCAUGGAAGCCGUCAUGAAGUACUACCAGGACGAGGAGUUGAUGCUACGAAUAAGCCAGAAGAUGGGUGGCCUUCCUUCCGAGCUUCAGCCCGUUCUUCAGAAGAUUGAAGACACCUCGCUGACCCUCCACGAAGCAGCCAAGAAGGGGGAUCUCGCAGCCGUCCAGCAGUUCUUAGACAAGAACAAGCCCCUGGAUGCGCAGGACUUCAAGGGGAUCACUCCGCUAGGCUAUGCCAUCGGUGCCAACCGCUUCCUGGCUCAAAUAGAGCCUUGCAUCGCCGUGGUGAAGAAGCUCUUGGACAGCAGGGCAAACCCAUAUGCUGUGGACAGCUCCGGUAACUCCGGCCUUCACUACGCCGCCGGCUACGGAAGAAGGGAGCUGGUCGAGUACCUCCUGAAGGUCGGGGCCAAUGUGAGCCAACCCAACGUCCAGGGCAUGACACCACUGGCAGUGGCCACACAGAACAAACAGGAGGUGACCAUGAAGAUCUUAAAGGCACACUGCGAGAAGUGCCAAGUAGCACCCAUGUCUGCCGUCAUGGACCAGGCUCUGCUGCGGACAGAGGCCUUGCGGCAGGACUUGCGCUUCUGGUGCGGAGAGGGCUGGGAGGCGCAGGCUGAGCAAAAAUCUCCGACCGUGGCCCGGUACUUGGCGCAACUCGAAGAGGAUGCCAAAGACCCCUGGCUGCUGCUUUGCCACCAUUUCCUGCAGUACAACGCCGUGCUCAGCGGGGGCCAGUUCUUGGGCGGAAAGGUGGCAAACCGGGCGCAGAAAAGCGCACCAGAAGGAGCACGCUUCUAUUCCUUCAGCCUGCCAGCUGGCCAGUCGACCCACGGCCGUGUUCAGAGCUACCUGGACAGCAUGGACCAGCUCUCUAUUUCUGAUGCUCAGCGAGAUCGCAUGCUGGCCUGCAUGCGCACCAUCUACAGCCUGAUCUUGGCCUUGUUCGAUGAGGCCUACAGCAUGGCCAAGAUUGAGGGUGUUUCCUUCGCAUCAACGAAGGGAGCGAGCGCUGGCGCAGGCUCCGCGCCCGCCAAGAGGAAAGUUCCGCCUCCGCCGCUGGCGCCCGCAGAGCAGGCCUUCACGUCUGCCGAGCUGGCACAGUUCGACGGCAAAGGCCCGGGCAAGCCCAUUCUCACCUCCGUUCUCGGGCGCGUCUACGACGUCACAGGCGCAAAGGAGUCCUUCGGACCCGGAGGGCCUUACGAGAUGUUUGCAG